GAGCCUCGACCGCACCGGCGCAGCCGCGGCCGCGGAGGGGACUCGGAGCCGGCCCGGUCCGCUUGGCUCUGGCUGCGCGUCCCGGCCCUCUGUGCCUUCCUCCCAGUGCCUCCCCUCCCGGUCCCCGCCCCCCACGGUCCUCCCCGCGCCUCCCGCGCGCUCCCAGGCUCCGUCCGCCGCCUCGCUGAGCCUAGGAGGAGCCGGGCCGGGUAGCCGGACGGGGCCGGCAGGCGUUCGGGCGCUCGGAUCCCGCGGCUAUGAAGUGUCCCUCCUGGUCUCGGAGCCCGAGAUCCCCCGGGGAGGGAGGUGCAAGCGGCCCGGGGCAGCAACCUGGGGGCCCCGGGGCCGGGGUGUAGGGGCCGCCGCCCGAAUGAACCUCGCCGGGGACGAUCGGGACUCACAGCCUCAGGCACUUGGACUCAGCUAAAUUUUAAAGCCAGGUGGUGGUGGUUAGAAUGACUAUUCUAUCUCAUACUAGUGAAUCUUUUGAGUGCUAUGUGCCAGGCCUCAUGUUAGAUAUUUCCCAUGGAUUCCCUCAUAUGAUCCCCCCAAAAGCUGGUGUGUGCUUUGCAGGGUUCCUGACUGUGCACAAAAACAGCCACCCCUUCUCACACUCUGGCCGGGCUGGACUCUGCAAACCUGCUUCCGCAAUGGGUAAUGAGGAGCUGUGGGCCCAGCCAGCCUUGGAGAUGCCAAAACGACGGGACAUCCUUGCAAUCGUCCUCAUCGUGCUGCCCUGGACACUGCUUGUCACCGUGUGGCACCAGAGCACCAUCGCACCUCUGCUUACUGCACACAAGGAUGAAGGCAGUGACCCCAGGCGUGCUGCCCCGCCAGGCGUGGACCCCAGGGAAUACUGCAUGUCCGACCGUGACAUUGUGGAAGUGGUACGCACCGAGUAUGUGUACACGCGGCCCCCACCCUGGUCCGACACACUGCCCACCAUCCAUGUGGUGACGCCCACCUACAGCCGCCCAGUGCAGAAGGCGGAGCUGACGCGUCUGGCCAACACACUGCUGCAUGUGCCCAACCUGCACUGGCUGGUAGUGGAGGACGCACCCCGCCGCACCCAGCUGACAGCGCGCCUGCUGCGUGACACUGGCCUCAACUACACACAUCUGCACGUGGAGACACCCCGCAACUACAAGCUGCGUGGCGAUGCCCGCGACCCACGCAUCCCUCGCGGCACCAUGCAGCGCAAUCUGGCGCUGCGCUGGCUGCGCGAGACCUUUCCCCGAAACUCCAGCCAGCCUGGGGUGGUGUACUUCGCUGACGACGACAACACCUACAGUUUGGAGCUCUUUGAGGAGAUGCGCAGCACCAGGAGGGUGUCCGUGUGGCCGGUCGCCUUCGUCGGCGGCCUUCGUUACGAGGCCCCACGGGUCAACGGGGCAGGGAAGGUGGUCGGCUGGAAGACAGUGUUUGACCCCCACCGACCGUUUGCAAUAGACAUGGCUGGAUUUGCGGUCAACCUGCGGCUCAUUCUACAGCGAAGCCAGGCCUACUUCAAGCUGCGUGGCGUGAAAGGAGGCUAUCAGGAAAGCAGCCUCCUCCGAGAGCUUGUCACCCUUAAUGACCUGGAGCCCAAGGCAGCCAACUGCACCAAGAUCCUAGUGUGGCACACGCGGACAGAGAAGCCAGUGCUGGUGAAUGAGGGGAAGAAAGGCUUCACUGACCCCACUGUGGAGAUCUGAGCCUGGGAUACAGGAGCCUCUUCUCAGACCCGGCUCCUGGCCUUCCAUCCUCUCCCUAUGGCUGAUGGCCCCUCCAAGGCAAACUCCAAAGGAAUGGCCAGCACCCUAUUUUCUAUGCCGGGGCUUCAGAGAGAGCCCAGCCUAAUGCCAGGACAAAGGACGGAGAACUUAAAGCACAGAAAUCCCAGGCAUGCUGUUCUCUCCCAUCCAGCGUGCCCAGGGCCCAGCUGCUAGCCCCGCCCCCAGGCCAGCAUGCUGGUGCCCCAGCACAUCUCCCCAGAGCUUCCUGCAUCAACAGGCCUGCAACAGCAGAUGCACGGGGCUCACCCAAGACCCAGAGUUAUGCUAGCCUGGGAGGGAGAUGAAAAGAUUCGGCAGUCAAGUGGAGGGUACGCCCCCCCAACACUCCAGCUCCCUGCUCCUGGAUCCCCGCGUCUAGCACGGCCUCACAGGGCAGCCAGCCAGAGAAUUCUGAAGACCAGAGAGCAGGCCCUGCCUGGGUAUCGGGAGCCUGUCCCCUCCUCGGAGAGCUGCUCCCAAGUACACGUGCCUCCGUGGCUUUCCUCUCGUUCCUGUUCUGUCUUUGAUCCCAACAGGCGACCAGCUCUGUGUGAGGGGAGCCUGGGCCUGCCAACAGGCUCCCUCUGUACCUCAGGCUGUGGUGGGAGAAGAGCCCCUUCCUCCAGCCCAUGCCCCUCAAGCCUGCUCCUUGCAGCACAGAGAAGCAGGUCGGCCCUCGAGCCAGCACAGGUCACGCACUGACCUGGACUAAGACCACGUGGGCCCCUGUCCCCACACUGCCACCCCCACUGCCCACUGGGCUGCAGGGCCCUUGCCUGGGCCAGGACGGGGAGGGCAGGAGCCCUCUUCCUGAAGCCCCUGAGAACCACAGACCUCAGUGGCCCAAGUGAGCAGGGGUAUAAGAGGCAGAAAGAGGAGGGAGGCCAAAGCAAGUCCAAGACUCCUGCCCCUGGUGGGGGGACAGGGGGAUUUUGCACUGGCCAAGGGAUUGAUGGAAAAAAAGCAGAGAUCAUCUGGACACUGAGCGGAAAGGAGACCUGAGCACACGCUACUUUGGAGAGCACUCUAUUUUAAACACUAAAUGGGAAAGAGAAUUUCACUUCUCCCUAAGUGGGGAGCGUGCAGAGCGAGCCCGCCUCAGGUCCAGCUGCACCCCUUCCUCCCAAAAGAACAGUGCAUGUGCCGGCCACUCCCUUCCACAGGGAGGAGAGGGUAUCCACUUCCCCAGGCCACCGCAGAGGCCCUUGGCUUUCCGACUGGAGACAGGGCCCUCUGGUGGCUGUCUCAAUCAUGCUCCUGAAAGUUGGAAGCACAAUUUGCCUCCCACAUGGAGGGAAAGGGAAGGCUUGAGCCUACUGAAGGUGUUUAUUUUUAACUGCUAACAGCACCCACUUCAUUUAAACUUACAGGACCAGUCUGAAGACCACUGAGAACCCACUCCUGGGUGGGUGGGGGAUAGGACUUAGUCCAGAAACCUGAACAUUCAAAAAGUAGCAUCGGCUGCCUGUUUUGAGACGGACUGAACUCUCCACAGUAGUCAUGAACCCUUCUGCUGGGAUCAUAUCCCUGACACCCCUGAGCCACCUUGCAGGACACUCCCUAGCCUCUUCCAUUUCCAGUGUUGCUUUGGAAAUCCAGCCCUCAGAAUCAAGCGGUGUGGCAUGGGAGAGAAGGGAGGAGGCGGGCCCGAACAACCACCCUGUGAGUGAAAUCAGGCCCAAGCUCCACAGCCUCUUCACUGAACCCAGCCCUGAAUGCCCAGGUGAGCUUGGCUGCUCUUAGGCAAACUUCUCAGCCAGUGUGGGGUGACAGCAGAGGGUACCCAGGGCUCAUAUUCAGGAAAUUGAUAAUGAACAAAAUGAGGGAUUUCCUCUAUUAAUUUGGGGCGGGGGGCAGAUGCUAGUUGUUUUUGCCCAAUAUCUCUUUCUACCUGCAUGCAUAUUUAUUUAUAGUUAUAACCCUGGUAGAUGGCAGCUCUCACCUUUGCUGGGAAUGAGUGUGUUAAAAAUCAGAAGUGGGUCAGUGACAGCCACUCAUUUUCCGAGUUCAGUCUGUUCCCUGCGCACCACGUGGAGGAGUGAAGCGGGGGGCUGGGCGUCUCACACAGAGACGGGGGCAGGUGGAGCCAUGUAGCUGCACCAUCUGGUCUGUUUUAAUUUAACUGUAUUUAAUUUGGUCUCAAAAUUAAAAGUCAAAUAUGGUUUUUAACAAUCCUAAUCUUCCUCAUCCCUGCUUCAUUUUAUUCCCUUUUAUUGCUUUAACCCUCCACUAAACACUUAUCUGUCAGAUGCCCCUGGGAACAGGCUUUAUUCUGGGAGCCAGCACGCAGCAGUGGAAACCCGAAGCACUGGUCUUCAUGGAGCUCACCUUCUCCUGAGAGGAUGUGGAUGGACAACAAUCUGUAGUGUGUCCGCUGUGAUCUGGUCCAGGGACAAGAAUGAGGCUCGAGGGGACGGGGGACGCAGAGUGAAGCUGUGGAGAGGACCUGGCCCCAGCCUGCACAGGGCCCUCAGAAAGGCCUCCCUGAUAAGGUGACACAGAAUGGCAGCACCAGACAUGCUGUUAUCUGGGCCAGAGCACCCCAGAGAGCAGAACUCUCUGCCUGGUAGGAAGGUGCUUGGCAUGUGUGAAAACCAGCAAAACUGCCAGUGUGACUGCAGCUGACUGGGGAGGGCGAAUGGUCAGUGGGAGGACAUGGGAGGGACGUGGGAGGAGGGGAGGCACAGAAUGUGCUGGCUAGUGCUGGGAACCAGGAUAAAGUUGUGGCUUCUGUGAGUGAAAAGGGAAGCUGCUGGAGAGUUUGGAGCAGAGGAGGGACAAGAUCUAACGCCUUUUAGAAGAAUUCCUCCACUUUUGGUGCUGACAGUAAACAGAGAGAAGGCGAAGGCAGGCUGGGCAACGGACUUUGCACUAAGCAGGCACAAGAUGACAGUGAGCUGAAGGAAAGUGCUAGCUUUGGGGCAGAGCAUGGCUGAGCUCUACAUGUGUUUAAGAGGAGUAGCCAAUCUGAGGAGAGGCUGGAGGGACAGCUGCCAGGGUCCCUGUGCUGAGUCCCUCUCCCACACCACCCACAGAUGCCUUCUUUCCUGGGUCAAGUACUCCCAUCCAUAAUGCAUCAGACUAGGACAGUGAACUAGCCCCAUCCCCUGACCCUGUGGGGCCCCACCCUAUUGAACUCAUGUCCUGUGGAGGAGUCUCUUGGAUGUGGCCAGCCUGGUUCCUGGGGCACAUUCUCAGGGAGGUCCAGACACAGACCCGGGGGGCAGAAAUGACAGGGAAAGACUGAGCUGUGUGGCUUAGGACAGGGGCCAUUUCUCUCUUGCUCACCCAACUGGUGCAGAGCCCUCCCUUCACAUGGCCAAAUCUUCAUCUGUUUCAGCCUGAUGAACUCUGUUAGCAUCACCCUGAUGUUUUCCUGAGACCCCAUCCCACCACACAGGUGCAUAGGUGCCAGACAGGUGGCAGAUGGCCUUGGUGAGCUCUGAGACAUUGCUGAGUAGCCUCAGACUCAGCACUGGUACCAAGUGUGAAUCUGUAUCAACCUGGUGAACACCUUUCGCCCCCUACAUGGUGACCCACUGAGAACCUAACCUCACGCAACUCACUGCCAAGGGCUCAGUGACUGUGCCUAACAGGCAGCUGAUUGGUGACCUGCCCUGGGCUCAGUGCUGGUGGAAGCCGGUCUUGGUGUGCAGCAUGGCUCCUCCCACAAUCACUCAGGCCCAGCAGAGGCAACCACAAACUGUGGAUUGCUUUGUAGCUCCAAACAGGUGGCCCAAGGCUGGUCAUAGGCAGCACCUGAUGGAGUCUCUCCCAAGAGGCCCCAGAAUGAACACACUUGGUGACAGGCUUAGGCCCACACCAGAGAAUGACCCCAUUAGCUCCACAAGCAGAACACCCCCCUGCUGGGGGUCUCAGCAGGCACCAGACCCCACUGGGGUGAAUUUUGCCUCAUGGUGCCAGCCCCACACAGCAGCUCACAUGCUGUGGUUGAGUCAGUCCUCACACUCAGUCCCAUGCAUGGAUGCACCAACAGAAAUCAAGACAAAAUGACAACGAGGCGGGGCUCACAUAACCCACAAAAGGGACAUUCCUGGAGCACGUUGCUCAGGUGAUGGGGGAGAUUGUGCCACUGAGCCCAAGAAGACAGCCACUACAUAAGGCCACCACACCAAGACUGGGAGACAUAGAAGAUCUACCUAAUACCAGAAACAGGUACAGAAAGUCAGCCAAAAUAGG